AUGGAUGAUCGCCAUUGUGCUCAGCGCUCAGAACAGGAAUUAAAAACUAUAUCCCAUGUUAAUGACAAGAGCGGCGAUAUCUUUAAGAAUGGUGCUAAACCUACUACGGAAGAUAAAAGCCAUGGCGCUGUCAAUCCUGCUGCUGACGUUGAUGCUUGUGACAACAGCGAUGAUGACGGCAGUGGGCCUUGUGGAUGGGGACAGUUCCAGCUCAGUUGCUGCCAGGUGUUCAGAAAUGCCAAGUGGUUCUUGGUGGUCUUGACCUUAUGUGGAGCAUGUCAGGGGAUGGCAGUAAACGGAUUCGUCCACACAGUUAUAUCAACGGUUGAAAGACGAUUUGAACUGAGCAGUACAGAAUCCGGGCUGAUAGCCAGUUGCUAUGACAUCAUGUUUGUUAUCCUAGUGAUUCCUGUAUCAUAUUUUGGGGGUCAUGGCCACAAGCCUAGAUACUUAGGUAUUGGAUUAUUUGUGCUUGGUCUAGGGUCCUUUGUGUUCACUUUGCCACAUUUUGUCACCGGCAAGUACCUUUUGGAGGACGCCAGUGAGCUGUUAUGUGAGCCGGAUUCCAACAGAACCACUGAAUGUAACUCCGGAAGCUCUUCUAGUUUAUCCAAUUACAAAUACCUAUUUUAUUUGGGUCAACUGUUGCAUGGCGCCGGGGCUACUCCCUUGUAUACACUUGGUGCCACGUACAUAGAUGAGAAUGUGUCGCAACGUUCGUCUGCAUUUUGCAAUGGUAUAUUUUAUACAGGCUCUAUUGUGGGGCCUGCAAUAGGCUACAUACUAGGAGCCAAGUUUCUAGAAAUGUACGUUGAAAUCGAUGUAGACCCAAAAAGCCUUGGACUAGACACUAACAAUCCAAAGUGGGUGGGUGCAUGGUGGAUUGGUUUCUUGAUCAGUGGGACCAUGGCUGUGUUAUUGUCUUUACCGUUGUUGGCUUUCCCAAAGAGUUUACCAGGAUCCAAGAAGUACGCGUCUGAACGAGGCAAAGAGACACAGGUUUCUGCGAACAUCGAUAAAACUGGGCAGCAUCGUGGGUUCAUGGAUAUUUUACUGUCUAUCAAAUAUUUGUUGACCAAUGUUCCCUUUAUGCUGAUCAAUAUGGCAGCCGCAGCUGAUGGCAUUCUGCUUUCAGGUUUUUCAACGUUCAUGCCAAAAUUUAUCGAGUACAAAUUUGGCCUGUCGUCGGCAACAGCAGCUUUGUACGUUGGUUUUGCAGCUGUACCGGCUGGUGGGGGAGGUACAUUUGCCGGCGGCCUCAUUGUCAGAUGCUUCACUUUGAAAGUGCGAGGUAUUCUCAAACUGUGUUGUGUGACCUCAUUCUUGCUGUGCACACUGGCCACAGCUUUGCUGAUGGAGUGUGACACUGAACCAUUUGCUGGUAUCACUUUACCUUAUGGACAGACUACAGUUGAGGCGGCGUCCUUCUUUGGUAAAAACCUGAAUGAUACUUGCAAUAGGAACUGCUCUUGUACAGAGGAGAACUACUUUCCAAUCUGUGGAAGGGACAAUGUGAUGUACUUCUCCCCGUGCUAUGCUGGUUGUGAAACAACAUCGUUACUUGAUACUGAGCAAAAGAGAUAUGAGAACUGCAGUUGCAUAAACUAUAACCUGACAACAUCUGACUACUCCGAAGGCAAACACUAUGUUGGGGAGUUUGGAAAAUGUGAGCUCCAAUGCAAAUGGCUGGCACCAUUCAUUAUAUGUUUUACAGCAAUGAUCCUUCUUGUGUUCAUUAUAUCUAUGCCGUCCCUUACAGCAACUUUGAGGUGUGUUCCAGAUCACCAGAGGGCCUUUGGUUUGGGUAUACAGUGGAUUGUGGCAAGGUGCCUCGGCUCCAUUCCAGGUCCGAUCUUGUUUGGGAAAAUGUUUGAUUACGCCUGUUUGGUUUGGCAAAAGCGUUGCAGUGGCGACGGUUCUUGUUUUUUCUACGACAACCACAAGCUCAGUAUCUACCUCAUGGGUCUGGCUCUGGCAUUUUCCAUAGCCGCUGCCUUGUUAUUCCUGCUUGCUAUCUGCUUUUAUAAG